UAUGCUCGUCAAAUCUCAUUACAAGUCGGCUCAGCACAUUGUACACGAGCAUAACUAAAUUUUGUAACCGUUUCCGCAAUAUUUUUCAUUGAUUUCCUUUGGCUAAAAUGGAGCAGCACCACCCGAUGGCACAUUUCUGGUUCGUCCGGAACAUGGACAUUAUAAUGCGCAUCUGCCUGGGGGAUCCACUUGAAUCGGCUGUGCAAUCAUUUGUGCUCAAUCCACCCGAAGAAGACGAUCCGGCGACCCUGCACUUUCUGAUGCGAAUCACCGACCUCAAGAAACGUUUCAACCAGGCCAACGAGCAGUGCUUCAGUCUGGAACGCGAAUAUCCCACACCCAAUUCAUUUUUGCUACACCAACGCCUCGAUGCCAAUUUCCAAACAUUAAAGCGUGAGGCUAGGGACGUAGCCAGGGACAUGCAGCGGCACCACAUCACCGCCCAUGUGGUCUAGGGGAUUGAGUCUCGCGGCCACACCUAAGCGACAAUAGUUAGGACACA